CUUAAAUCGUGUUAAGUACUAGAAUACCGCAGUGCUAACACAAAUACAAACGUAGAAAUUACCAAAAUACCAAAUUACUGUUUAAGUACCUUUGCCCUCUAGUGUCAUGGCGACGAAUAAUUUUCGAAGACCCUAUAAUAUUAUAUUCUACAGAACCAUGGUUAAUGUCAGUGAUUUAUUUUCGACGACUUAAAUGCUGCAGCAUCUUCAGCCGGCGUGACUAGGCAGUUUUCUUUGUUAUCAUCCCACACUCCCAUACUUUUGCCGCCAAAAAUCCGUCAAGACGUUCCACAGGAGACAGGGCACAUUCUACAGUUGGCAGACAGAGCUUACGAAUUGUGUGAUGCUCACUAAGAAGACGAUCAAUGCUGUAAAUAUUGGCCUUUUACUAAUCACUAUUUUUGUUUGGUCACAUGUUGUUGCUGCUGCUCGGAUGAUUCAUGAACAAACAUCAUCUUGUAAUUAACAAAUUAUCACAUAUAAAAUAGGUAUAUUUAUUUAUCUUAAAGAGUCCUUUUACUAAUUGUUUUGGUUGUGUGAACUAAACAUGGAACCAGCUGUUGCAGAAGAACCAAUUAAUCAAAAAUCAUCAUUUGAUUUCACGUUUAAAACAAAAUCAAAUGAAAUUAAUGACAUGUUAAUCAGUAUUGAAAACAACAAAACUGAUAAUUUUCAUAAUAUUUUACAAAAAAUUAAUGAACUUCAAGAGUUUUUAAAUGAUUCCAAAACAUUUCUACCAGCUUAUAAUAUGAAAAAGUGUUCUGAUGAAAUCAAAUACAUUACUCAGCGUUAUGAACAAUUGCAUGAAAAAUUACAGCCUAAGAAGAAAUUUGCUUUUUCUGAACAACCUACUACAUCAGCAGUAGCUAAAUCUGAAGACGAAUUUGAACCAGUAAAUCAAUUAGAAGUUUAUAAAGAAGACUGUGGAUUUAAAAAUCGUUCUGAUGCAAUAAAUUUAGUACUCACGGAACAAGAAUGCUAUAUGAAAAAUGUGGUUUUAGAUACAUUGACUAAUUGCCUUGUUGUCAUAUGUGGUACACCUAAUACUGUGCGUGCGACUUCAUUGACAGACUGUUAUGUAUAUGUAUGUGCACAAACGUUGAUUUUUAUUGAGAACUGUAAGGAUUCGAUAUUUAUAUGUGCAUCUCAACAGUUGCGUAUUCAUGAUACUUUUGAUACUAGUUUUUAUAUUUACGUUGCUAGUAGCACUAUAAUAGAAAACUCUAAACAGUUACGAUUUGCUCCUCUUUCAUACAACUCCUCUGCACUACUUAAAAAAGCAUUUAGAAUGGCUAAUUUUGAUGAAUUUAAAAACAAUUGGAAAAUUGUAAAUGAUUUAGAUUGGUUGUCAUCUUAUGAACCAUCACCAAAUUGGUGUGAAAUACCAGAAGAAGAACGCCAACAACCUAAUGAAGAAACUAUGUUAUUGCAGUUUUAUCCUCGUUUAUUGAAUAUGGAAGAUGGAAGAUUAUACCCUAGAUACAAUGAAUGCAGUUUAGGAAAUGACACGUAUGAUUUACCAUAUUACUAGUUAUUUUUUUUACUUUAUUUAAUUUUAUUUAAUCAACAGAUAAUUUUUUUUUGAUAAUUUUAAUUUAUAUUUUUUACUAUUUAAAAUAAAA